CAGUUCCGCUUCCGGUUCCGGGAUCCCGCUGUUGUCGGAGAGUUGCGCGGUGUGGGCGAGCCCUCGGGGAAGGUGUUCUGUGGUCCCGGGCUCGCCCGCGGUCGCCGCUGCAGCCAUGGCGGCCUCCACCGCGGCCGGGAAGCAAAGGAUCCCCAAAGUGGCCAAGGUGAAAAACAAAGCCCCAGCUGAAGUACAGAUCACUGCGGAGCAACUGCUAAGAGAAGCUAAGGAGAGAGAACUUGAACUUCUUCCACCUCCCCCUCAACAGAAGAUCACAGAUGAAGAAGAGUUAAACGAUUACAAACUACGGAAGAGGAAGACUUUCGAAGAUAACAUAAGAAAAAACAGGACUGUGAUUAGUAACUGGAUAAAAUAUGCACAAUGGGAAGAGAGUCUAAAGGAGAUUCAGAGGGCUCGAUCCAUAUAUGAACGUGCCUUGGAUGUGGACUACCGAAAUAUUACACUAUGGCUGAAAUAUGCCGAAAUGGAAAUGAAGAAUCGCCAGGUCAACCACGCCCGGAAUAUCUGGGACCGAGCCAUUACAACUCUGCCUCGGGUCAAUCAGUUCUGGUACAAGUACACGUACAUGGAGGAGAUGCUCGGGAACAUCGCUGGUGCCCGGCAGGUGUUCGAGCGCUGGAUGGAGUGGCGGCCGGAGGAGCAGGCCUGGCAUUCGUACAUCAACUUCGAGCUGAGAUACAAGGAGGUGGACCGGGCCCGCACCAUCUACGAGCGCUUUGUUCUUGUGCACCCUGAUGUGAAGAACUGGAUUAAGUACGCCCGCUUUGAAGAAAAGCAUGGUUACUUUGCCCAUGCACGGAAAGUGUAUGAGAGGGCUGUCGAAUUCUUCGGGGACGAACAUAUGGACGAACACCUUUAUGUUGCCUUUGCCAAAUUUGAGGAAAAUCAGAAAGAAUUUGAGAGGGUGCGAGUGAUCUACAAGUAUGCCCUGGAUCGAAUUUCGAAGCAGGAGGCCCAGGAACUCUUUAAAAAUUAUACUAUCUUUGAGAAGAAGUUUGGUGACAGGCGGGGCAUCGAAGACAUCAUUGUGAGCAAGCGGAGGUUCCAGUACGAGGAGGAGGUGAAGGCUAACCCACACAACUACGAUGCGUGGUUCGAUUACCUGCGCUUGGUGGAGAGCGAUGCAGAGGCCGAGACGGUGCGGGAAGUGUACGAGCGUGCUAUCGCCAACGUGCCGCCUGUGCAGGAGAAGAGACACUGGAAGCGAUACAUCUACUUGUGGAUCAACUAUGCCCUCUAUGAGGAGCUGGAGGCCAAGGAUCCUGAGAGGACAAGACAGGUUUACCAAGCCUCUUUGGAACUCAUUCCUCAUAAAAAGUUCACAUUUGCCAAAAUGUGGUUACUAUAUGCACAGUUUGAAAUAAGACAGAAAAAUUUACCAUUUGCCAGAAGAGCUUUGGGAACGUCCAUAGGCAAAUGUCCAAAGAACAAAUUAUUUAAAGGUUACAUAGAAUUGGAGCUACAGCUUCGAGAAUUUGACAGAUGCCGGAAGCUUUAUGAAAAGUUCCUGGAAUUUGGGCCAGAAAACUGUACCUCUUGGAUUAAAUUUGCAGAAUUAGAGACAAUCCUUGGCGAUAUUGAGCGAGCCCGGGCGAUCUACGAGUUAGCCAUUAGUCAGCCACGCUUGGACAUGCCAGAGGUGCUUUGGAAAUCAUAUAUUGAUUUUGAAAUUGAGCAGGAAGAAACGGAAAGAACACGAAAUCUUUACCGACGAUUGCUUCAGCGGACACAGCACGUCAAGGUAUGGAUCAGUUUUGCACAGUUUGAGUUGUCUUCAGGGAAAGAAGGAAGUUUGGCAAAGUGCAGACAAAUUUAUGAAGAGGCUAACAAAACCAUGAGAAACUGUGAGGAAAAGGAAGAGAGGCUCAUGCUGCUGGAGUCGUGGCGAAGCUUUGAGGAUGAAUUUGGAACAGCGUCAGAUAAGGAGAGAGUGGACAAACUCAUGCCCGAGAAGGUCAAGAAGAGGAGAAAGGUCCAGGCUGACGAUGGGUCGGAUGCAGGCUGGGAAGAAUACUAUGAUUACAUCUUUCCGGAAGAUGCGGCCAACCAACCCAACCUCAAGCUCCUGGCCAUGGCCAAACUGUGGAAGAAGCAGCAGCAGGAGAAGGAGGCUGGAGAGCAGGACCCAGACACAGACACUGCCGAGCAGGAAGCUGGGCCUUCCUGUUCGUAUUGACAGAUGUUUUAUUAUUUUUAUAAAUGUAUAGUUUGGAAUUCUUGCGACUCCUGUAAGUUUUGUCGUAUUCCAUCAGUGAUGAAUUGAUGGAGAUCUUUUGACAACUACUUUUGAAUUAUUUUUAAAAUGCUCUUGGGUUAGUUGGGGGUGGGGUUUGUAAGUAAAGGAAUUUUUCUUUAGCUGCUGGGUUUUCUUUAUCUGAGUCUAAAACAUUUUGUGUCUCCAUCAUUCAUUAGGAAAUCUAAUUCAUCUAUUUUAGAUGGACCUGCAGAAUUUUGAAAGUCUUUUUUUAUAAAAGUUUCAAUUGCAUUCCAUAGUAACUUUUAAGUUUUCUCAUCGUGGUCUUCAUAAAGGUAUGUUAUGCAUUCAUCUGACACUUCUGACUUAUUCACGCCUCAAGUCACUGACUUGAGUUCCAUCCCCAGCUGUCACUUAGUGAUGCAUAACUUAACCUUUCAGUUUACGGACUUUUGCCAGCUCAUUUUAAAGAUUAAAUUAGAACAGGAGUAUACCUGGCACAGAGGGAGUACUCGGUCAAAUGUUCAUGCCUUGUGGAACUGGACGUGCUUGGAUUAAUUUUAACAUCAAUAACUGUACCUUCUUAAUGGCCAUUUAUACUAAAUGUUUAUGAAAACACCAGUUGGAAAAUAAUUUACAGUUGCUACAUUUCUGCACAAGGUAUUUUUUUUUUUAAAAAAACCAAGAACAUUUUAGUAAAAUUUCAGUUAUACCAUACUCAGUUGCCCAAACUGGCUUAGUUCUGCAGUGGCUUGUUUAAAGAACAAUGUUCCAUGCUCCAGUGAGUGUGGGAAACCCUAGGUUAAGCCUUGCUGACAAGUCUCUUUAUACUUAGUCUUCUUAGGGCUCUUGACACGUUCUUGUUUGUUAGGAAUCCUCAGCAGCAAGGCCUGGCUGUGUUUCCCAAAAUACAGUGAACAAGGAAAGCAUUUCUACCAAGAGCACCAAUAAACACUGCCCGGCAUUGUUGCAGCAGACUGUCUACCCGUAAAACCUGACUCAUGCAACCUGGCCUCAAUUUAGAAUGUGAAAGACACCUGCGGUAACUUUGUCAUGACACAAAGUAACGCAAGAUGAUGGUGUAUUUGCUGGCCGAUACAUUGCUUAUAUUCUCAAGCAAAAAAGCGUUUGCCUUAGUUAACCAAUCUGAGAAAUUGUUUCCUUUAAUUUAGCCUGUAUUCUCAAGCCUGUUUUUUUGUUGUUCACUGCCAAGGUUAUUUGGCUGGAAGCAUAUCUGUUUCUUCACCUGUAAGGACAAUUAGCAAAUUUACUUGGGCAAAUGUAUGAUUACAUUUUCAAGUAUGUCAGUCACCCAAGGGAGUAAAAGCUAGUUGUUACGGUGUUAAAUUCUAUCUUGAAAAUAGGAGUGUUUGAGAGCAGAAAGAAAUAGGACCAGCAGGUAAAAGCAGCCUGUUCUCCACCUCACUGCUUCGGUCACCAGACUGGCAUUGGCUGCUGGAGCCAUAGGCUCUGAGUCCCGAGGUCUGAGCAGGGGCUUCAGAGGAGCACCAUGUUCUGAACUGGCUAAGUUGCACAGGGCCACGGGUGAGAUGAAAACAGGCCAGAUGCUCUGUAAGUGAUGAAUCAGAAUCAUGUUUGUGUUGCACAUGUGUGAAAGGAAAAAAAACCAGCCAAGUUCUUGUGUAAACUAUCACUGUUUGCAGGCACAUACCAUGCCUGUGUAAAAUGCUUGAAAGAAAAAGUUAGUGUCUUGGGAGAGUAUCACUUCUCUCUCAUCUUCACCAAAAUAAGUCCUUUCAAAAGUAAAGGGUGUUAACAAUCA